AUGGCUAUUGUGAAAAGAGGUGGUCGUACCAAAACAAAACAACAACAAGUACCUGCCAAAUCUUCUGGUGGUGGUAGUAGUGGUGGCAUCAAAAAAGCCGAAUUCGAUAUUACGAAAAAGAAAGAAGUGGGUGUAUCAGAUUUAACUCUUUUAUCAAAAAUUACUGAUGAAGCAAUUAAUGAAAAUUUACAUAAAAGAUUUAUGAAUGAUACCAUUUACACAUAUAUUGGUCAUGUGUUGAUUUCUGUCAAUCCAUUUCGGGAUUUAGGAAUAUACACCCUAGAAAACUUAAAUAAAUAUAAAGGAAGAAAUAGAUUAGAAGUACCACCUCAUGUGUUUGCCAUUGCCGAAUCGAUGUAUUAUAAUUUGAAAUCAUAUGGUGAAAAUCAAUGUGUCAUUAUAUCAGGGGAAUCAGGGGCCGGUAAAACCGAAGCAGCAAAACAAAUAAUGCAAUAUAUUGCUAAUGUUUCCGUUAAUCAAGAUAAUGUUGAAAUUUCCAAGAUUAAAGAUAUGGUUUUAGCAACAAAUCCACUUUUAGAAUCAUUUGGUUGUGCUAAAACAUUAAGAAAUAACAAUUCUAGUAGACAUGGGAAAUAUCUCGAAAUUAAAUUCAGUGAAGGCAAUUAUCAACCAAUUGCAGCUCAUAUCACCAAUUAUUUAUUAGAAAAACAAAGAGUUGUGUCUCAAAUCACUAAUGAACGUAAUUUCCAUAUUUUUUACCAAUUCACAAAGCAUUGUCCUCCACAAUAUCAACAAAUGUUUGGUAUCCAAGGACCAGAAACUUAUGUUUAUACUUCAGCAGCUAAAUGUAUCAAUGUCGAUGGAGUUGACGAUGCAAAAGAUUUCCAAGACACUCUUAAUGCCAUGAAAAUCAUUGGAUUGACACAACAAGAACAAGACAAUAUAUUUAGAAUGUUGGCUCUGAUUCUUUGGAUAGGUAAUAUUUCAUUUGUUGAAGAUGAAAAUGGUAAUGCUGCCAUUCGUGAUGAUUCAGUUACAAAUUUUGCUGCCUAUCUUUUGGAUGUUAACCCAGAGAUUUUGAAAAAAGCUAUCAUUGAAAGAACUAUUGAAACUAGUCAUGGGAUGAGACGAGGUUCAACUUAUCAUUCACCAUUAAACAUUGUCCAAGCCACUGCUGUACGUGAUGCACUUGCCAAGGGGAUUUAUAAUAAUCUUUUCGAAUGGAUUGUUGAAAGAGUUAACAUUUCAUUAGCAGGUAGUCAACAACAAUCAUCGAAAUCAAUUGGGAUUUUGGAUAUUUAUGGGUUUGAAAUUUUUGAACGUAAUUCUUUUGAACAAAUUUGUAUCAAUUAUGUCAAUGAAAAAUUACAACAAAUUUUCAUUCAAUUGACUUUAAAAGCUGAACAAGACGAAUACGUUCAAGAACAAAUUAAAUGGACUCCAAUUGAUUAUUUCAAUAAUAAAGUGGUGUGUGAUUUGAUUGAAGCCACUAGACCUCAACCUGGGUUAUUUGCCGCAUUAAAUGAUUCAAUUAAAACUGCACAUGCCGAUUCAGAAGCUGCCGAUCAAGUAUUUGCUCAAAGAUUAAGUAUGGUGGGGGCCAGUAAUCGUCAUUUUGAAGAUCGUAGAGGUAAAUUCAUUAUUAAACAUUAUGCUGGUGAUGUCACUUAUGAUGUUGCUGGUAUGACCGAUAAAAAUAAAGAUGCCAUGUUGCGUGAUUUAUUAGAAUUGGUGUCGACUUCUCAAAAUUCAUUUAUUAAUCAAGUAUUAUUCCCACCAGAUUUGUUGGCCCAGUUGACCGAUUCAAGAAAAAGACCGGAAACCGCAUCUGACAAGAUUAAAAAGAGUGCUAAUAUUUUGGUCGAUACUUUAUCUCAAUGUACCCCUUCAUAUAUUAGAACCAUUAAACCAAAUCAAACGAAAAAACCUCGUGAUUAUGAUAAUCAACAAGUUUUACAUCAAAUUAAAUAUUUGGGUUUGAAAGAAAAUGUUCGUAUUAGACGUGCUGGUUUUGCUUAUCGUUCGACAUUUGAACGAUUUGUUCAAAGAUUUUAUUUGUUAUCGCCAGCAACAGGGUAUGCCGGUGAUUAUAUUUGGCGAGGAGAUGAUAUUUCUGCCGUUAAAGAGAUUUUGAAAUCAUGUCAUAUCCCACCUUCAGAAUAUCAAUUAGGGACAACUAAAGUUUUCAUCAAGACUCCAGAAACUUUAUUUGCCUUGGAGGAUAUGAGAGAUAAAUAUUGGCAUAACAUGGCAGCAAGAAUUCAACGAGCUUGGAGACGUUAUGUUAAGAGAAAGGAAGAUGCAGCAAAAACUAUUCAAAAUGCUUGGAGAAUUAAAAAACAUGGUAAUCAAUUUGAGCAAUUCCGUGAUUAUGGUAAUGGAUUAUUACAAGGUAGAAAAGAACGUCGUCGUAUGUCGAUGUUAGGGUCCCGUGCAUUCAUGGGUGAUUAUUUGGGAUGUAAUUAUAAGAGUGGAUAUGGAAGAUUUAUUAUUAAUCAAGUUGGAAUCAAUGAAUCAGUAAUUUUUUCUUCCAAGGGUGAAAUUUUACUUUCCAAAUUUGGUCGUUCUUCCAAAAGAUUACCUCGAAUUUUCAUUGUUACGAAAACCUCAAUUUAUAUCAUUGCCGAAGUAUUAGUGGAGAAAAGAUUACAAUUACAAAAGGAAUUUACUAUUCCAAUUAGUGGUAUAAAUUAUCUUGGAUUAUCGACAUUCCAAGAUAAUUGGGUUGCCAUAUCAUUACAUUCUCCUACACCAACUACCCCUGAUGUAUUUAUUAAUUUAGAUUUCAAGACUGAAUUAGUGGCACAAUUGAAAAAAUUGAAUCCUGGGAUCACAAUAAAAAUUGGUCCUACAAUUGAAUAUCAAAAAAAACCAGGUAAAUUCCAUACUGUCAAAUUUAUCAUUGGUGCAGGUCCAGAAAUCCCAAAUAAUGGUGAUCAUUAUAAAUCAGGUACUGUUAGUGUCAAACAAGGAUUGCCCGCCAGUAGUAAAAAUCCUAAAAGACCAAGAGGGGUUUCUAGUAAAGUUGAUUAUAGUAAAUAUUACAAUCGAGGAGCAGCAAGAAAAACUGCUGCUGCCGCACAGGCUACACCAAGGUAUAAUCAACCAACACCAGUUGCUAAUUCAGGUUAUCUGGCUCAACCGGCAUAUCCAAUACCACAGCAACCACAGCAAUACCAACCACAACAGUCACAACAACAAACACCAUAUCCAACUCAAUCAUCAAUCCCAUCCGUUAACCAGAAUCAAUCCCGUCAACCUCAAAGAAAGGUACCACCACCAGCACCAAGCUUACAAGUUUCUGCAGCACAAGCUGCACUUGGGAAAUCGCCAACACAGCAAAGACAAACACCAGCUCAUAACCCAGUUGCGUCUCCAAAUAGACCUGCUUCUACAACCAUUGCUACUACUACUAGUCAUACAAGUAGACCAGUUAAAAAAACAGCACCUGCUCCUCCAGUGAAAAAGACCGCUCCACCUCCACCUCCACCUACAUUAGUUAAACCUAAAUUCCCUACAUACAAGGCUAUGUUUGAUUAUGAUGGAUCAGUCGCUGGUUCCAUUCCUCUUGUUAAAGAUACAGUUUAUUAUGUUACUCAAGUUAAUGGUAAAUGGGGUUUGGUUAAAACCAUGGACGAAACUAAAGAAGGAUGGUCACCUAUUGAUUAUCUCAAAGAAUGUUCACCAAAUGAAACCCAAAAAUCCGCACCACCUCCACCACCUCCUCCUCCAGCAGCAACAGCAUCUGCAGGGGCUAACGGAGCUUCUAAUCCAAUUAGUACAACCACCAGCACAAACACUACUACCAGUUCUCAUACAACAAACGCAACUCUGAAUGGAUCAUUAGGUAAUGGAUUAGCUGAUGCAUUAAAAGCUAAAAAGCAAGAAGAAACUACAUUAGCGGGGUCAUUAGCAGAUGCUUUGAAAAAAAGACAAGGUGCUACUAGAGAUAGUGAUGAUGAAGAAGAAGAAGACGAUGAUGAUUGGUAG